AUGGCAGGAUUGUUUAAUGCUCUUGUUGUAUCAAGGCAGCACAGAUUGAAUGACGAUAUUAAAUAUCCCAUCAUCAAGCGGAUCCCAAUGAAAUGGACCAGAUGCCCCGUAAGUAUGGUGAGAGAUUCAGGAAAUUAUCAUAGAGAGCCAGCCUACUUGCUGUCUUUGAAUAAUGCCCACUCUGAACAAGUUGAUCAUCAUGAUAAAACAAGGUGCUCCCUUCAAUAUUAA